CAGCGGGGCCUGAGGCCUGGUGGGCGGGAACUAAAAGUGUCAGAGCUCUCUUAUAAAGCCUCUUCGUCCCAGCGGAGACACCGAACUCAUCAUGCUGGCGAGGAGCUGUUGCACCGUCUGGAUCCUGCUCUCAGGCGUCGCUGCGGCUGCAGUGUUUGUGGAGAGGCCCGAGGCCAACGCCGUGCUGCACAGAUGGCGGCGAGCGAACAGCGGCUUCCUGGAGGAGCUGCAACAAGGAAACCUGGAGCGGGAGUGCAUCGAGGAGACAUGCGACUACGAAGAGGCUCGAGAAGUUUUCGAAGACGAUGACAAGACGAAACAAUUCUGGCUGACGUAUGACCGUCGUGACCCCUGCCUGGUCAACCCGUGUCAUAACAACGGGAUGUGUGUCUCCGUGGGGACGUCCUACCAGUGUCACUGUCCUGAGGGUUUUGGGGGACAACAUUGCGAGACGGUGGUCGAGGACCUACUGAAGUGUCUCUACCUGAACGGACAGUGUCAACAUUUCUGUGACAGCUCAGGACAAAGUUCCAAAUGUUUGUGCGCUGACGGCUACAAACUGGGAGCGGAUGGACGACAGUGCGUCGCUCAGGUGGAAUAUCCAUGUGGUCGGCUGGCUCCACAGGAAGCGGGCGCGAACCAGACUGUGGUGGGUCAGACCAGGCUGGUGGGGGCGAACCACUGUCCAAGAGGAGAGUGUCCCUGGCAGGUUCUGGUUCAGUUACAUGGACGCAGUCACUGUGGAGGCGUUCUGAUCCGCCCAGACUGGGUCAUCACCGCUGCACACUGUAUCCAUGGCAACCAUGCCCAAGACCUCGCUGUGGUGGCAGGCGAACACAACCUGGACGUGGAAGAGGGCACAGAACAGAGGAUACCUGUUUCCAAGGCAACGGCCCACGAGGGCUACGUCCCAGAGACGGGUGACAGCGACGUCGCCUUGCUGCAGCUCAGCUGGCCCGUCACCUUGAACCGACACACCGUCCCCGUCUGCCUGCCAACCAAAGACUUCGCCGAGCGCGAGCUCCUGUUGGUCCGCUACCACACCGUGUCCGGCUGGGGCAAGAGGACCGUCGGGGGCAACGAGGAACACGGCGCCGUCAACACGGCCCCGCCGUCCCCCGCCCUCCGCACGUUUUCCGUCCCCAUCAUCCAGAACUCCCAGUGCUCCCAGAGAGCCAAGUUCAACUUCACCAGCAACAUGCUGUGUGCGGGAUACAUGGAGGGCAGCCAGCCGAGCUGCCGCGGAGAUGACGGGAGCCCGCUGGUCACGCUCUACGGCUCCACCCACUUCCUGACAGGCGUGGUGGGCUGGGGGCGGGGAUGUCCACACCCAGGAUAUUAUGGGGUUUACACCAACAUGGCCAACUUCGUGGACUGGGCGAAGGGCAUCAUGACGACAGCCAAUGAGAAACCAACAGAGAAAACGGCGACGGCUUUCGACAUGCUGGAACAGACGCGAGUUUAACGAUCAACUGCUGCCACGGUUUUCUGUCUGAACCUUCAACUCUUCAUGUCGUCAUUAUCGAGACGUUCAAGUGCUUUAAUGUUCCAGCUUGUCCUGGUCUUCAGGUCUUGUUUGUGAUGUUUAUGAUCGGAGCUAAUGAAUAAAUGUGUCUGAUUGAUAAGCUGGUGAUCGAUGAGAACAUUUCCACAUUAAACUCGUUAGUUAUCAGUUAGAUACCAGUUUACCACCAAUCUGAGUGUUUGAAAUCUGCCUGUUUAAAGAUGUUGUGCGAG